GGAAGUUUCAAGAGAAAGUUUCAGUCGCCUCUUUGUUCCUUCCCAGCUGGGACAAUAAACGGGCAUACUACCACAGGGCAGCCAUUCUACUGUGGUAAAGGUGCGCCGUCAGCUCUGCUGCACUUGCCGACGUGUUCUCGCGCCCAUCUUCCACAUGGCUAUGCGGUUUUUGGCUGGUCUAUCUCGGAGGCCAAUCGCCUUGCCGAGCUGCGCACGCAAUCUCUCGGGGCCCCUUCUCGUUCCCACCCUCACCCGCACACUCGCAACCAUGGCAGCCGACGAUAGCGGCCGCGCACCGUUUGCGCAAUGGGCUGGCCGCUUGAAGCCACAGCUGCUGCAGGCGCUCAGCACCAUGGGGCUCACGCACUCAACGCCGGUGCAGGAAAAAGUGCUGCAGCUGCCCAGCUUCACCCAGGACUGCCUGGUGCAGGCCAAGACGGGCACCGGCAAGACCAUCGCCUUCCUGCUGCCGGCGCUGCAGAACCUGCUCAGCGCCAGCGACCUGGACCGCUCGUUUGUCGCCCUGCUGGUGCUCGCCCCCACGCGCGAGCUGGCCCAGCAGAUCGUCGAUGAGUGCAACAAGCUGACAGCGGCCUGCGAGCCCCCGCUGGAGUGCCACAUCGCUGUCGGCGGCAGCAGCAGAAAGUCGCACCUGGCCAGAUUCCUCAAUGGCAAGCCCGCCAUCCUCGUGGCUACUCCCGGGCGCCUGAUCGACUACCUCUCCGAAGAGGCGGCCCGCGACCGGCUGAGCAAGGUCCGCUGCGUCGUGCUCGAUGAAGCCGACCGCAUGCUCGACGCGGGCUUCGCGCCCGCCCUGUAUGAGAUCCUGGAGCAACUCCCACCCAAGGCGGAGGCGCAGUGGCAGGGCAUGUGCUUCAGCGCGACGGUGCCGCCCGAGAUCGAGAAGAUGCUGCCGAUGGUGCUGGCCAAGGACCACGCGCGCAUCUCGACCAUCGACAAGAACGAGGUGCCGACCGUCGAGACGGUCCCGCAGUCGGUCUACCCGGUCGGCUCAGUCGACGACGUGCUGCCGACGCUGCACUCGGUGCUGUCGUGCGCCAGGGCCGACAACCCGGCGCUCAAGGCCAUCGUCUUCUGCCCGACGGCGCGCCACGCCGGCCUGCUCUACCACGUCUUCGGCCACACGGGCGGCGCGGCGCCGCCGAAGCUGCCCGUCUUCCAGAUGCACUCGCGCAUGUCGCAGACGCAGCGCACGCGCACUGUCGACGAGUUCAAGGCGACCGACCGCGGCCUGAUGUUCGCCUCCGACGUGGUCGGCCGCGGCAUGGACUUCCCGGACAUCAGCCUGGUGGUGCAGAUUGGCGUGCCCGGCGAAAAGAACCAGUAUGUGCACCGCGUCGGCCGCACCGGCCGCGCUGGCAAGCUCGGCCGCGCCGUCAUGAUCCUCGCGCCCGAGGAGAUGUGGUUUGUCGAGAAGCACCCGGAGUUUCCGAUCAAGAACGAGGGGCCCUUCACGCACCCCAAAGCAUCCCUCUACCCGUCCCGGGACAUCAUCCAGUCCGCCCUGGCCAAGGUGCCCCUCGAGACCAAGGAGCAGGCCUACACCGGCAACCUGGGCUUCAUCAAGAGCAUGAUGAAGCGCUACGGGCUCGACCGGGCGCGCGUCGUCGACCUCGCCAACCGCUUCGCCCGCGCCUUCGGCUGCCCCGCCAUCCCCGAGCUGAACCCCGUGGUGGUCGCCAAGAUGGGCCUCAGGGGCGUGCCCGGCCUGGUCUUGCAGGGCCACGGGCUGGUGACCACUUCCGCGUCGGGGUCAAAGCCCGGCUCCAAGGCGGCGUCUGUGCCCGGGUCGGCGCCGGCUGAGUCGUCGGCUGGGGGAAGCGUCGGCGGCGGUAAUAGGGGGAAGGGCAGCAGCCGGCGGGACCAGAAGGCGGGAGGCGAGGAGGGCGCGAAGGAGGGCGAGGAACCUAGCCGUAAGAGGCCGAGGCGGUGAUUUGGUUUCUGUACCUCUAGGUGUGUCUCGUGGGCUGGUGGAUUUGGGGUAGAUCUCUGUUUUGUACGCUGAGGGGGGCUUUCUUUUGCGUUAGACAUGUCCUCGGAGUUCUUACGUGUGCAAUAGCUCGAGGGCAUACAUUGGGUUAUGGGAUGGCUUUCCAUCAAGAGCGGGCUC